AAGAUCAUUCCUUCCUACUUACACAAGCAGAUGAACACAGAUUCGUUACGUAUGUUUUCAAAGAUUGCCUAUCAAUGUUUGAAGAACAGAGAAGAACGCCCAACAAUGAAAGAGGUCGUGGAUCAGUUACAAGAAGCUAUUGAUCAUCAACUAUGCUUUAUAAAGAAGCCGGAGGAAGAAGCAAAGCCGAGCAUUGGAGCGAAGAAAAAGGGAGAGGAUUCAAGAGACCCGACACCAUGUCCCUCACAACAACAAGAGAUUGUUUUGAGCGUUUACAUGCAUUGUCAAAGUUGUGCUAGAGAUGUCAAGCGAUGUCUUAAAGGCUUUGAGGGCGUUGAAGAUGUUGUUACGGACUGUGAGACUCAUACGGUUGUGGUUAAGGGAGAAAAAGUUGAUCCGUUGAAGGUUCUAGAAAGAAUUAAGAUGAAAAGUCACCGAAAUGUUGAGCUUCUAUCACCAUCACUAACGGAGGGGCUCAAUGAACUAGAGCUUUCUAAAUCAGAAGAGAAGAAAUAUGAGGUAAAGAAUCUGGAGGAGGGAGAGAAAGAGGUCGAAGAAGCAAAACCGGCUUUCGGAGAUGAGGAAAUGGUAAAGGGGUCAAAAGACCAGCUACCACCUCCCUCGCCGCAAGAGAUUGUUUUGAAUGUAUUCAUGGAUUGCGAAGGUUGUGCUAAAAAAGUCCGACGAUGCCUUAAAGGCUUUGAGGGCGUUGAAGAUGUUGUGACGGAUUGUGAGACACAAAAGGUUGUAGUAAAGGGAAGAAAAAUAGAUCCACUGAAGGUUCUAGAAAGAGUCCAAAAGAUAUGCCACCAAAAAGUUGAGCUUCUACCGGAGGUCCAAAAACCAUUGAGAGAUGAGCCCAAGAAGCCGAAGCAAGAAAAACCUCGAAAACAGGGAUGGAAGUCUUGGUUCUAAAAAAAGUAACGGUCAAAGGCACUUUUCCUACAACGGAGAUGGUGGAUUAUUUGCACGACAUUAAGCAAAAAAGUUGUAAUCGCUACAUCAAUGCGCCUAUAAUGUGUUGAUGAUAUUUAGUCUUAAAACUAGGGUCUAUCUAGAAAUUUGUCUUUUAGAUCUUCAAAAGAAAUAGAUAUAUCAAUUAUGUA